CUAUCCCAUUUAAGAUAAGCCCCGUCCUUCUCCUCCCCCUUCUUCUUCUUCUUCUUCUUCUUCUUUUUCUAAUCUCUUCACUUCCAUCCAACACUCUCUCAACAAUGGCUUCUCUCUGUGCUUCUUCGCCUUUCGCAGCCAUCUCUUCCCCCAGCUCGCAGAAGAAUGGAUCGGUUGUUGGAGCACCAAAAGCCUCUUUCCUGAGCGGUAAGAAAUUGAGAAGUGUGCGGAAGUACACGGCGCCACAAGCUCAAACUAGCUCAGUUACAGUCUGUGCAGUUGCAGACCCAGAGAGACCCCUCUGGUUUCCCGGCAGCACACCUCCUCCAUGGCUCGACGGAAGCCUCCCUGGAGAUUUCGGAUUCGACCCUCUUGGUCUUGGAUCUGAUCCGGACAGUUUGAGGUGGAAUCAGCAAGCGGAAAUAGUUCAUUGCAGAUGGGCAAUGUUGGGUGCAGCUGGGAUUUUCAUCCCAGAAUUUCUAACAAAGAUUGGAAUUCUCAACACCCCAUCUUGGUAUACUGCUGGAGAACAAGAGUACUUUACAGACACCACUACCUUGUUCAUAGUUGAGUUGAUAUUCAUCGGAUGGGCAGAGGGUAGACGGUGGGCUGAUAUAAUCAAGCCAGGCUGUGUAAACACCGAUCCCAUCUUCCCAAACAACAAGCUUACCGGCACCGACGUUGGGUACCCAGGUGGCCUCUGGUUUGACCCACUGGGUUGGGGGUCUGGCUCGCCGGAGAAGGUGAAGGAACUCAGAACCAAGGAGAUCAAAAAUGGAAGAUUAGCCAUGUUGGCUGUCAUGGGUGCUUGGUUCCAACAUAUUUACACUGGUACUGGACCCAUUGACAACCUCUUUGCUCAUCUUGCUGAUCCUGGUCAUGCCACCAUUUUUGCUGCUUUUACUCCCAAGUGAUGGAUGAUGGAUGAGAUAGAAAGAAAGGUAGUAAUUUGUUGGUGUGGUGGAAAUUUGUAUGUUAAUUUUAUCAACUUAUGUUGUUGAAUAGAAUGAUGUUCAGCUCUGUACAAAUUUCUCUUUUCAACAUAAUUAAUUAAUAUAUAAAUAGUGACGCCAAUUUUACUCU